GACCAAUAGGCGGACGGGACGGCGGCGAGAGUGUACGAAGCGACUCGCCCUGAUCGUGCCGUCAACCGCUCUCUACUUCAUGGGCGGCGGGACCCGGAGAGAGUCUCAGAGCGAGCCGGGUGGCAGCCAGAAGACCAUCUUCAUCUCCUGCUCUGCGCUCAUCCGCGAGACGAAGCUCUGCGUCGGCGGCGAGCACCAGGCAGAACUCGACUCGCUGCUGUCGAGGCUUGCCGCGCGCGAGAUUCAGGCGGAGGCGGCGGUGAAGCAGCUGAUGGCCAUCGUCGGCUCGACCGUUGUCCAGCAGGCCGGCCUCAGUGCCAUCAACCUGCAGAAGGGGAUCCUGCCGCAUGGCUGGAUUGAGUACAUCGACGAUGCGACGCGCAGGCCAUACUACUACAACGUGCACACGAAGGAGACGACGUGGUACAAGCCGGAGGCGCCGGACGCACCCCCGCCCCUGCCGCUUGCCGAUGAGGACGGCGUGGACACCAGCGUAUUCACAAAUCAUCGCAUCAGUUUGUCGGGCGAGAUCUAGUUGCACGGCCACGGGCGAGGCUGUGAGAGGAGGGGGAGGGGAGCUCGGCGCUCCAGCUGUCGCAGGCACUCGCGCACGCGGACACACGCCGCUCACGGGGGUGCCCGUGCGAUUGCGAGCAUUCGCGUUGUCACCGCUGUCGCUGGUCCAGACGCGGCAGAGCCUCUCGGCUUCGACACGCUGGGAAGUUCUGGAUUUGAGUUCUCCCGUAUAUGUGCAUGUGCUUGACCAUUCGAAAGAGCGGUCGGCCGGAGAUAUGUA